AUGAGCAAUGAACGNCUCUAUGGGAGAGGAGCAUCUGAUGACAAAGGGCCUGUUCUCUGCUGGCUGAAUGCCAUCGAAGCGUACAAAGAAUGCGGAAUUGAACUUCCAGUCAAUGUUAAAUUUGUUUUUGAAGGGAUGGAAGAAUCUGGUAGUGAAGGUUUGGCUGAGCUUCUUGAAGAAAGGAAAUAUUUUUUCAAAGACGUGGACUAUGUGUGUAUUAGCGAUAACUAUUGGCUUGGAACUUCAAAGCCUUGCAUUACAUAUGGUCUCAGAGGAAUUUGUUACUUUUUCAUAGAGAUUGAAUGUGCUUAUAAAGACCUCCAUAGUGGUCUGUAUGGCGGGUGCCUAAAUGAAGCAACGACGGAUUUGAUCCAUGUGUUGAAUUCAUUGCUUGAUAAAGAUGGAAAAAUUCAAAUUCCUCACUUGCAUGAUGAUGUUCUACCAGUGACUGAUGAAGAGAAAAACCUUUAUAAAAAUAUUGAAUUUAAUAUCUUUGAUUUUAAAAAUGAAAUUGGUACAAAAACAUUAUUGCACAAUGAAGAUAAGGUGAAAAUUCUAAUGAGUAGGUGGCGAUUUCCUUCACUCAGCAUACAUGGAAUUGAAGGAGCUUUUUGUGAAGAAGGUUCAAAAACUGUGAUACCAAAGAAGGUCAUAGGUAAAUUUUCUAUUCGUAUCGUACCUGAUCAAGAUCCGCUCAAAGUUGAAAAAUGCGUUAUUAAACAUUUGAAUAAUGUUUGGAAAAAUAGGGCAAGCUCUAAUCGCUUUAAGGCUUAUAUGAUUCACGGCGCUAAGGCCUGGCUUUCGGACGUCGAUAGCCCAAAUUAUACUGCAGCGAGGUCGGCAAUAAAGAUGGUUUAUGGAGUUGAACCUGAUUUAACACGCGAAGGGGGAUCGAUUCCAAUUACUCUAAACCUCCAAGAAAUUACGGGGAAAAGUGUAAUUUUAAUUCCCAUUGGUGCCUGUGAUGAUGGUGCACAUUCUCAAAAUGAGAAAAUAGAUUUGAGAAACUACAUUGAAGGGACAAAAGUAUUAGCAGCGUACUUUCACGAAAUUAAACAGUUGCACUCUUCAGUUAAAAGCCAUAAAAAUUCUACCACUUCGGCUUGAUUUCACCUUUGGAACUUGUUAAUUAUUAUUAGCUCAAUGAACUAACACAUUUCAUUCUAAAAUGAUGUAAUAAAAUUUAUUAAUCUAU